AAACGUACUUAUGGCACCGUGUUCAAAGCGAAAAAUCGGGAAUCUCAUGAGAUAGUGGCUCUGAAACGAGUGCGGCUGGACGACGAUGAUGAAGGCGUACCAAGCUCUGCAUUACGAGAAAUCUGCUUACUAAAAGAACUGAAACAUCCGAAUAUCGUGCGACUCUACGAUGUAGUACAUAGUGACCGGAAGUUGACCCUGGUGUUUGAAUAUUGUGACCAAGAUCUCAAGAAAUACUUUGAUUCAUUAAACGGCGAGAUCGAUCCGUCUAUGGUCAAGUCGCUUAUGUAUCAGUUGUUGUGCGGUUUGGCCUUCUGUCAUUCGCAGAAUGUUCUUCAUCGCGACUUAAAGCCCCAGAAUAUACUUCUGAACAAAAAUUUGGAGUUGAAAUUGGCCGAUUUCGGUUUGGCUAGGGCUUUCGGUAUUCCGGUUAGAUGCUAUUCAGCAGAAGUAGUCACGUUGUGGUAUCGCCCUCCCGACGUCCUGCUCGGUGCCAAGCUUUAUAAUACUUCAAUCGACAUGUGGUCGGCUGGAUGCAUUUUUGCCGAAAUUGCAAACGCCGGCCGCCCCCUUUUCCCGGGAACUGACGUAGACGAUCAGCUACGGAAGAUCUUCAAACUUCUCGGAACUACCAAUGAAGAAACGUGGCCCGGUGUAACGCAACUACCCGAAUACAAACCGAUGCCAUUCUACCAACCGAGCGUUACUUUUACCCAGGCCAUUCCAAACAUCAACAGCAAGGGUCGGGAUCUGCUUCAGAGACUUCUGGUCUGUAAUCCCGUCCAACGAAUUACUGCUGACGCAGCUCUGAAACAUCCAUACUUUGCUGACGUCCAUCUUGGGUGA